AGCCCAACCUUAAUCCUGAGCAGAGAAGUGUUUCUGCGUCCUCCAGCAGCAGCAGUCAGGUGUGGUUCUUCCUUCAUGGAAUCUCACACUAAAACAGGGAAAGUUUUCCUUCAGCCGCGCAAACCCAACAAAAAAUGGAAACCAGUUUGGCUGUCUCUGUUCCCUCACAGCAGCUGUGGAGUGGGUCGACUGGAGAUCAGGGACCUGGGAGGAGGCGGUGAUCACAGUCCUGGAGUCCAGAAGCGCCACCAGAUUCACGGGGACAGGAAGAUGAAGGUGAUCCGACUGUCGGAGCUGAUGACAGUUCUUAGGCUGCCCCCGAACGCUGAGGCCUGUCCAAUGGAGAAUAUGUCUGCAUUUUGUGUGGAGACCCAGGACAGAACAUUGGUGUUUGCUGCUCUCAAGGAUGACUGUGUGGAGUGGGUGGACAAACUGUGUCAAAGCAGCUUCCAGAGAGAAAAAAGUUCAGGAUCCAGUCAGGUCCACAUGGAGGAGAACCAGAUUUAUGCCUCAGCAGAUGAAGCCCCUCAGUUCUGGGUGGUGAUUCAGAAGACCGAUGCAGCGACCCGAUGUGGCCUGCAGGGGUCAUACUGGCUGCAGGUGGAACAACAGUCGCUGCUGCUGAGAGAUGCCAAGAAGAAGACUGUUAUGGAGUGGCCGUAUGAACUACUGAGGCGAUAUGGAAGCAAUAAGGUGGCUUUUAAUAUUGAAGCAGGUCGGCGCUGUGAAUCCGGUUCUGGAACCUUCUCCUUUGAGACCCAGCAGGCAGAGAAAAUCUUCUCCCUGAUUCAGAGCAACAUCAAACGAAAAUCUACAUUUGCUGCUUCUGGACACCAAAACCUGGACAUUGAGAAAGUUUCUGUGACCACCAUUCAGGCUUAUUUCCCUCUUCCCAAAAUCCCUGACAUGACCCACAUGUCUGCCACCAUGGAGAACAAACUCAGAAUGCAGGACAGGAGAUCUCCUGUGUUUGACGACAUGGCAAAGAGUCAAGAAGAUUCAUCUGGUCCAUCAGAAGGUGCUCCUGCUCCGAUCACCUUGAUGCCACUCCCAUCGGUUCCUAUGCAUGACAACAGCUUUGGAGAUAAACACAGCAGCCAUUCAGACCCGAUAUAUGCUUAUCCUAAAGAUUACGUCUCAUCUGUUGUAAUAUCCAAACCAAUCAAAGCUCAGUAUAUUGACCCGGCGAGUGUUCUUCCUCUGAAACCACCAUGUUCACAGGAACCUGACGCUACUCUUCCCACCACUUCAGAUUCAAUUCCCCACCCUAAUGCAGAUGUUCUGGAUUCAGUUUACUCAGAGGUUUACGAUAAAAUCAGUCCACACCAGAACAAACGACCCAUUCUGCAGAAGACAGCAAAAACGGCUGAUGAACCCAUUUACUUUGAGCCUGUCACCAGAACAGAUUCAGAGUGCCAAAAGACUGAACCCAAACCCGAUCCAUUCACCCACCUUUACGCUCAAGUCUGCAAAGCGACAACUUUAAGUAAAAACUCAGCGGCGUCUGUCACCACAUCGGCUUCUUCCUCAACCAAAUCCAGAGAGGAACCUCUCGGUGAUGUCGUCUAUGAAAACCUGGGCAUCAUUUAAAUCAGCUCUUCGCUAACUGUCACCACUAAAACUGAAAUCUGUUUCUUUCCAAAACAACUUAGAACUUCUCCCUUACUGGCUUUGAGUUCAGAAAACCCUUCGGAUGAAGAGUGAAUCGUCUUCAAUUACAGGAACUGAAGCCCAGUUGCUUCGUUUUUUUCACCUUUUUGGGAUUUGUUUGGUACUAUGCUUUGUGUAAGUAGAGUUUAACUAAACCGCUUUAAUUCAACUGUGUAAAAUUUUAUAUAAACAUUUACUGUAUAUCUGACUGUCUCACCAGUCGACAUUUAACAUGCAUUGUUCAUCUUUAAUGCAUUAAAUAUUUUAAUUUGAA